AUGUCUUCCGCCCCUGCUGCCUGGAGACACGCGUCUCGAGUCUGUCAAAGGCGUCUGCCUACCCGCGGCGCCUGGAUUGCCCCCCGCCAGAUCUUCGCCACUGUCCCCGGCGCUCGCUCUUAUGUCACCAAGACCAAGGCCGGUCAAGCUCAGGUCAACGUCGAUACCGCCAUCAAGGAGGAGCAGAAAUCUUUCAUGAAACAGGCUGGCAUCGCGCCCCAGAAUGUCGACCUCCCCGGCGCUCCUACUUCGGGUGACGCCGCCAUGAGCCCGUCCGCCGGCAUCCUCAAGCAAGCGACCGUGAUGGACCAAGGCACUCGUCCCAUCUACCUCGAUAUGCAGGCUACCACCCCGCUGGACCCCCGUGUUCUCGACGCGAUGCUCCCUUAUCUCACCGGCAUCUAUGGAAACCCGCACUCGCGCACACACGCCUACGGAUGGGAAUCGGAGAAGGCCGUGGAGCAGGCCCGUGAGCAUCUCGCCACGCUGAUUGGAGCCGACCCCAAGGAGAUCAUCUUCACCAGCGGUGCCACGGAGAGUAACAACAUGAGCUUGAAGGGUGUGGCCCGUUUCUUUGGACGUUCUGGCAAGAAGAAGCACAUCAUCACAACUCAGACUGAGCACAAGUGCGUGCUUGAUAGCUGCCGCCACCUGCAGGACGAGGGCUUUGAGGUCACCUACCUGCCCGUGCAGAACAACGGUCUGAUUCGCAUGGAAGAUCUCGAGGCCACGAUUCGGCCGGAGACCGCCAUUGUCAGUAUCAUGGCGGUUAACAACGAGAUUGGUGUGAUCCAGCCCUUGGAGGAGAUUGGCCGCCUGUGCCGCUCCAAGAAGGUCUUCUUCCAUACCGACGCUGCUCAGGCCGUCGGUAAGAUCCCGCUCGAUGUGAACAAGUUGAAUAUCGAUUUGAUGUCCAUCUCGAGCCACAAGAUCUACGGACCCAAGGGUAUCGGUGCUUGCUACGUUCGCCGUCGUCCUCGUGUCCGCCUGGAUCCCAUCAUCACCGGUGGUGGUCAGGAGAGAGGUCUGCGUAGCGGAACUCUCGCCCCGCAUCUGAUUGUCGGUUUUGGUGAAGCAUGCCGACUGGCUUCGCAGGACAUGGAGUACGACACUAAGCACAUUGAGCGUCUCUCGAAGCGCCUGUCCGAGGGUCUCCUGGGCAUGGAGCACACCACUUUGAACGGUGACCCCAAGGCCCACUACCCGGGUUGUGUCAACAUCUCCUUCGCCUAUAUUGAGGGCGAGUCCCUCCUGAUGGCCCUGAAGGACAUUGCUCUUUCCUCAGGUAGUGCUUGUACCUCUGCUUCGCUGGAACCCAGCUACGUUCUGCGCGCGCUUGGCAGCAGCGAUGAGAGCGCUCACAGCAGUAUCCGUUUCGGUAUUGGUCGAUUUACCAGUGAUGCGGAGAUUGACUACGUCCUGAAGGCUGUCAAGGAGCGUGUGCAGUUCCUGCGCGAGCUGAGCCCACUUUGGGAGCUGGUGCAGGAAGGUAUCGACCUGAACACAAUCGAGUGGAGCCAACACUGA